AUGGACAAUGUGUUUGCCCAAAGGACACUUGUGGAACUGAUUGCAAGGAAUGCAAGGCUCCUAAGCAGUGCAAUUACGGCCAAUGUUCUUGCCCACUCGGAACGUGUGGCGCUGAUUGCAAAAAAUGUGACGCCCCUAAGCAAUGCAUCAAUGGUCAAUGUGCUUGCCCAAAGGACACUUGUGGUACUGAUUGCAAGGAGUGCAAAGCUCCUAAGCAGUGCAAUUAUGGCCAGUGCUCUUGCCCACUUGGAACUUGUGGUGCUGAUUGCAAAAAAUGUGAUGCCCCUAAGCAAUGUAUAA